AUGGAAGUCGGAAUUUACGCCGAGCUACUUACUGUGCCCAAAAAUAUAGAGCAUGCUGCUUGGAAGCUCAAUUAUCCUUCCACCAUGAAGAAUCACGCUUGCGAAUAUCCAGGUUGUACUAAAAGUUUCACGCGCGCAGAGCAUCUUCGUCGCCACGCGCUGAAUCACGAACAGGCUCGGAAUGGGUAUACAUGUGAGCGCUGCUCUGUUCACUUUCAGCGUGCGGAUCUUUUAGGUAUGGCUAAGACACAAUGGUCGCGCCAUAUGGAACGACAUACAAAACGCGACCUCGAAGCCGGAGGACCGGGCCAGGGGACUUUGAAAACGCGCAAAAGAAUGAGGAGAGCGGAGGAUGGCUCGAUCAUUGUUCGACCGUCCCAGCGGCAACUCAGAAAAAACAUUACAGUAGCAGAGCGUUCUCCUAUCUCGGCGGAUCAUUCAAGCCAAGACCCCGGAGAGGACUACUUCCAAGACGAUGCGCCAUUAUCACCACCAGGCUCAGGGACAGAUCCGACUUCGAUCUCCAUUGAUGAUACAGAUCCGUUUCUGGCACCAUUGUUGCCGGCAGGUCCCUUUGAACCAUACGUGGAACCCAUACCGGGCCAGUUUGAUGCCGCGGAUGGAUCCUACAAUAUCGAACUAGAUGGAAUAGGAGACUAUUUUGGAAUGGAUACUGCGACCGAUUUCAAUCUUCCUUUCGCUGCAACUUCGAAUUAUAAUUGGCUGUUCGAUGUCUCCUCCCUUGACGAUGCCUUCAAUCACUUCGAUGUCCCUGGAACCUUCUGCUCGGCUCCUGUGCCGGAACCAGCUCAUCCCGAUCCUGUCGAGGCUUUUGAAGAAUACGAUGGCCCAUCGGCUCUACUGAUGGCCUCCGCCAUGGAGAAAAGUGAGGCGAUGGCAAAAGCGACUCCUCCGCUGCCAGAUCUACCAGAUUUAGACUGGAUGUCUGGUUCUACUAUGCUAGAAAGUGAGACACCGGACAAAUUGCCAAAGAUCUCGGAGAAUGCGCGGCAACACAUUCUACAUUUGGUAUCGCAGGCGCAUCCAACAAGUAUAGAUGGACACCAGACAGUUCUCCAAUCGCCCCUGUUGACACUUCGAGCACUCCAGGACUACAGCGAUUUGUUUUUCAAUCGCUUCAAUACACAAUAUCCUCUGAUUCAUCAGCAUACAUUUGAUCCCAAUUCUGCCGCACCCGUAUUCCUGGCUUCAAUUCUCUUCAUGGGCGCAACAUAUAGCACCCGAGAAGCACAUCAGUUAGCAGUCGAAGUACACGACGUGCUACGCGGUCAAUUACUUUGCCAUCCUGACUUCUCCCCGCAAGCCGAUCUCUGGGUUCUGCAAACAAUGCUACUAAUAGAUUGUUUUGGAAAAAUGCGAGCAGGACCAAAGCAGCGAGAGCGUGCACAGCUAUUCCACUGCGUUCUGAUCAAGAUGAUCCGGCGCAGCAACUGUUGCAAUAUCCGGGAUUUGUCCGGGUUCAACGAAACAGAUGACCUGGAUCCUAUCUGGAGGCGCGCUAUGGACGAAGAGCAGCGCAAAAGAGUCGCUAUGCACUGCUUUAUGUGGGAUACACAGCAUGCGGUUUUGUUCUCGCAGUCGCUGUGUAUGUCCGCGUUCGAGAUCAGAUCUUCUUUGCCCUGCGGCGCUGCAGCCUGGGAGGCAUCUUCUGCUCAGGAAUGGGCUCUACAUGCCUCUCGGGAAGAUAAUAAACAGUUUUUGGCUGUUUUGAAAGGAUAUAUUAAUCCAGCUGCUGUUGCCAGGCCGCGGGAAAUGAAUGCUUUUGCUAGGAUUGUCGUCUUGCAUGGCUUGAUGUCUGUUUCGGCAGAUUUGAAGCGUCGAGAUCAGACGACUCUGCGGUCAGAAACUCCCGAGCGAGUUGGUGUAUGGACACCACGCAUGGGUCGGUCUUACGAUCUAUGGAAGGUGGACUUUGACGCGGAUUGUCUGGCGAUGAAGAUCGCCCGAUCUGCGGGUGCGCGACAAUUGACUGGGCUCAAGAUAUCCGGGCAUGCGCUUUACCAUGCUGCAUAUCUUGCUUUGAAUGUUGAGGUCUUGGAUCUGCAAAUUGUUGCUGGUGCUUCACAUAUUCUAGGACGUGUUGUCACCGAGGCUGAUCAUGCUCGCUCCAUGCGCAAUAUCACCAGGUGGCUUCAGGAGGAGAUUGGAUCGUUCUGCACGACGGCCCAACAGGCCUCCAUUUUACUCCAAAGCGCAGUCUUGGGUCUUCAUGAUUGGGAUCAGGCUGAUUCUUUCCAUUUCCCAUGGUGUUUGUACUUGUGCACUCUGGCCUCUUGGGUUUUUCAUCGCGGACUCGAUGUCACUGCCGAGAACCAAAGACUCAGAACUGAUCUUCCUUCGCUAAUCGUGACAGUAACGAAUUGUUCGAAUGUGAAUGAGCUGGCAGAGCUGUCUGGGAGAUAUUGUCCACGCCCUCUGGCAGCGGCUAUGGCACAGCAAUUGGCGACGGUACGAUGGGCAGUUGUCCAUGAUGCUAUGAAGGUUUUGGUAGGACUGUCUUGA